AUGUUACUAGUUUUCUGUGAAUUUUGGUCCCUGAUUUUUGCUAUAAAUGAGUACACAAAAGUGCAAGACUUGGAUCAACAGCACUAUGCACCGAUUAGCUGCUAUGGUCCUAUAUCCAGUUGUAAAAAGGUCAAGGCUCUAGUAGAGAACGUAGCGUUCUCAGUUGUACAAUGCGAAAUAUGCCAGAAAUGUACAUGUGACGAAAACGGAAAUUUCGGGUCAGGUGAUCAAUGCAGAUCUGACGAAGUCGAAGCUUUAGAUGGUGUUAGACGCGUGUCCACUGUAUUGGGAAAUAGGAUGCCUACGUACGUGUAUUCAUUGGAAGAUAAUGUUACGUACUGGUGCUGA